UUUCACAGUAGAAUGGCGACGGCUGCCUGUAGUAUACAAUGUGCAAGCAGUAAUGCAACAAAAUCACACAAAGAGCACAUAAGAAAAACAAAAGAUUCCCGCCGGAGACAAGCCGCUCUUCUAUUUCUCAACAAUAUAUCUCUGGAUGGGCGGCCUUUGUGUCCUCUUAACAAUGGAAACAUCGCUCAAAGAGAAACCGCUUGCGAGACUCGGAGACUGGAUGUCGGCACUAUCUCGGUUGGACACCUCGCGUUCACAACGAGUAGCAAUGGAACAGCCCCCCAGGUGUCAAGCUCCGUGACUGUGGGCACUGUUACAAGCGUACCGGGAAUUGGAGCUUUAAGCCCUGUUAAUUCAAUUUCUGUCACGUCCACGGGGACUGGAGCUAGUAGCGGGGGCUAUGAGGUGUUAAUGGAGAGCGCCGUCAGUGACUCCACCAUAUACCCUCUCUCUCCCACCCCGCAGACCCUACAUUUAAGUGCCAAAUCUGUAUUUAGCCCAGUAGUUCAGACCAAUUCGGGGCCAUUGGAUUCCCGUCAAAGAUCACAGAAUGUUUCUGGCUCCCCAGGACCAAAGGCUGCUAAGAAGGUCCACUUUAUCAAGAGCAUGAGGCAGUACGACACAAGAGGCAGCAGGAUUAUGCUGAUAUGUGCCAAGCGGUCUCUAUAUGCUGCUUUCUCAGUGCUGCCCUAUGGAGAGAGUUUUCACCUCAGUGAUCCAAAGGUGGACGCACAGCGACAGAGACUGUCCUCUUUGGUGCCCCCUGACUUGCUUCCUACUCUGGAGGGACUGGAGUUGGCAGCGUACGGCAAGACGGUCUCUUAUGCCAAGUUCCUUUAUCCAACUAAUGCCCUGGUAAGGCAGAAGAACAGCACGGCACCAGAUAACAACAUGGUCCUUACCCCCCAGUCCCAUUUCCGCAGUAACAACCAGCGGAAUUUCACCCCUGCGCGUCUGAACAGCACCCCAGCACAGGACCCAAGUAUAGAGGACAUGUCAGAGUACGAUCCCAACUUGCUCAGUGAUCCCCAAUGGCCUUGUGGCAGACACAAGAGGGUUCUUAUAUUCGCAUCAUAUGUGACAACUGUUAUUGAAUAUGUGAAGCCGUCUGAUCUCAAGAAAGACAUGAAUGAGACAUUUAAGGAAAAGUUUCCCCAUAUCAAGUUGACCCUCAGCAAGAUAAGAAGUCUGAAGCGAGACAUGCGUGCCGUGAGUGAGGAGUGUGGUCUACAGCCGGUCACCGUGGCAAUGGCUUUUGUGUACUUUGAGAAGCUGGUGCUGCAGGGUCGCCUGAACAAGCAGAACAGAAAGCUGGUGGCGGCAGCCUGCGUGUUGCUAGCAGCCAAAAUCAGUAGCGACCUGAAGAAGCAGGAGGUCCGACAGCUGAUAGAUAAGCUGGAGGAGCGUUUCCGUAUCAACAGACGGGAGUUAAUUCCAUUGGAGUUCCCUGUCCUGGUUGCCUUGGAGAUGGGGCUUUACCUCCCUGAGAGCAAGGUCAUGCCGCACUACAGGAGACUGGUGCAGCAGGGCUAGUGUGGACCAGUGUGAAACUAACAAUGAUGGAGAUGGGACCUGAAUCAAACUCUAUGGAGGCAGCCUCUGAAGAUGACACAUUUGACUGCCAAAGUCUGUUAAUGGAUUAGUGGUUGAUGACAUGUUUGUGUGUCUGAAGCUGGCCACCAGUACUAGUUCAACUGAAGAAGUGACCUUCACUUGUUCCUAUUUGUCUGAAGUAGCAUCUGUUUAGUAUGCAGGGAUUUUAAUAUUGAGUGAAUUCUAUUUAUGUAUUUAUUUGUAUUUCCAUGGGUCCUUGGGGAAAUGGCCUUCUUACUUUUACUGUAGCAAUCUAACUGUUGAUCUCCUAAAUAACCACUGUGUGAAUGACUGCACCACUACAGUAGGUGUUUUAAUUGAGCCUUUAUGGUCAUGGAGUUUUACAUUAUUUAAAAUUAAGUUAGGUUCUCAUGAAAUCUGUCCAACAUCUUAAAUGUAUGUUUCCAUGGAUCUAGAUUUAUUGAAUCAGACCAACAGUUAGUAUUCACAGAAAAUGAUAGUAUUUCUCAAGUCCCAGUGUAUUUAGAAAGCAAAAUGUCUACUGUAACAGUAGGUGCACAGGUGCCUGUACUUACCCAAUGUUGUUUCUCAUAAACAGUAUUUGUGUACACAUAUCCACAAGACAUUCAUUAUUAAGUGCCUAAAACAAUUUGUGAAAUAAUUUGUCCCAUCAAGCUGUUAUUUAGAGCAGUUAAUGUUUUGUUGUUGUUGUCUUUUGAUGUGGUGUGUAUUGUUACCUUGUUAUGACCUGUGAAUUUGAAUCAUGUCUGGUGAAAGUAAUCAUGAACUUGCAUUGUUCUUGUUGAAUGGUAAGCGUAAUGUUGUGCAAAUCAUUCGUAAGUAGGUAUCUGUACAGUAACUUUCUGCAAAGACUACAGUCUGCAGUGAUCUUUUACAAAUGUAUUUUUUUUUUACACAGACCUUAUGUAUUUAAAGUAAUUUAUUUCUGAAUUUUACAUGGUGGAACUUCAUAUUUUCUUGAUUAAUUGACUGUAUGGAUGGUGUAAUUAUUUUUUCAAGUUCACAGUUAAAAUAAAAUUAGACAAUGUUCUGAAAUAUA